AUGGCCCUCGUCCCACAAUCCCGCAAGCUCCAAGUCGACUUCUCCUGGAAGCGCUUCAAAGGCCUCAUCACCGACGCCAACGACACAACCAACACACCCCUCUACAUCGUCCACUGGAACGCCUUCAAAUCCCCACACAUGACAUUCAAGCGCCCCAGCGAUGAUCAAGUAGUCGGCACAGGAACGCUGCACCUCGUGCGCAUAAACGCCGACUUUGUCGUCAACGGGCGCGCGGGGACACUUGUCGCCCAGAAGCGCUUCAAGACACUCUACACGCACGAAUCGCAUGCAUACGCGGACCCCGAGACGGGAAAACCGACUACCUUGACCUGGACGAGCGACAGCGGAUUCACGACGUGGGACUUUGUAUGCGUUGAUGAGCGCCAGAGGCCUGUCGCCAAGUACACGGCGAAGAUCUGGGGCGUCAAGAAGAUUGGGUAUGUUGAGUUUAUGGAUGAUCGGGUGUUGACGGAGGAGGCAAGGGAUGAGAUUGUUGUUACGGGCAUUACGCUCUUCUACUGCAUGUGGUUGCGCGUGAAUAGUAUCUUCUCGCUGUUUGGGGCGUUCUUUCAUAGUACGCCGGAUUCGCAGGGGAAAUGA